AUGGCAGUAGUGCUACAUCACGGCUACGACAACUACGCCCAUCGCGUAGUCACCGCGGGGCAGUGGACGCGUAGCCACCAACCAGCGAGCUAUUCUUUUCCCAAUACCAGUGAUUCAAACUUGCUUUGCUUGGAGUCGUUGUUAAAGAUGGUGGGGAAACAAGAGAACUUUUUCAUUUCAUCGUCGAGAGUAUUACUCUGGAGCAGCGCUACUUUCAUUAUGCUAAGUGGUGCAGUAACAGCUGAUCGUCAAUGCUACUGGUGUGGCCCACUUGCCGAACAGGUGCACCGCAGUCGACGCGCCCCGCCCUGCGACGAUCCCACGGGGCACGUCACAACUUGCGAGCCCGGACUUAUGCAUUGCGCAAUCGUCGCGACGUCACCACCCCACGUCGAAUCGAGGUUCUGCGUGAAGCUUUACCAGGACGAGUGCUACCCGCUAUUCUGCAACUCGACGAAAACUUGGAAAAUGACCUGCCCGUGCCGGGGCAACCUGUGCAACGGCAACAGCACGGAGCGCGAGAGCGAAGCCUUCGCCGCGCUCUCCAAGCUCGCCGCAAGGUCGCAGGACGUGCGCAUAAAGAAAAGGGCGGCGGCGGCGUCCGAUUUCGUCACCUCGAAGCGAGAACGCACGAUCAUAAUCACGAAUCUAACGGACCUGCACCAACAGAUGAAUCGGACUACCGACGAUGGAAUCGACGAAAUCGAUCAGAGCGAGAACAUGAUCGUGGUAACGUCGACCGCCCGUGAACACUCGCUGAGGGGGGAUGCUCGUAACAAAAGUCCAACAACAACGCGAGACCUAGGAAAGUCUAGCAACGAAACACUAGAAAUAAGUCAGCCAGACCUUAUUCAAAAACUUGAAGAGAUGAAUCCCACCAGCGACGGUAUCUACAUUCAAGAAAACAUCACGAGUAAUUCUCAGGUAGACGAUUUGACAACGCCGAUUCCUGAUAAUGACGAAUUGUACGUCAAAUUAAAUGCGUCAACAACCAUACCAAAACGGACUGAUGCAAUCUACGUAGCUGAAACCACCACAAUCAAAGAAGCCGAAAUUAAUAUGAACGCCGAGACAACCGAGAGAACAGAGAUUAUAAAUGAAACAGCAACGACCAAGGAAACUGAAGCGAACACGGGUGCUGAUACCAUCACACCCCUAUCGAAAAAUAAAGUGGUACCGAGCGAACAAUUGCCGACCGCCGAAGCGCUCCAGCAAAACGCUAGUCCUUCCACCACCAGCUCUAGAACAACUGAAAUAAUAAAAGCGGAUCCGACGGAGCCAAGCACGAUAGCAACAGUAGAAAACGCGACAGUGAUGCCAACGAAGGCUGGCGCUAGUUACUCCGCACCAAUUGCAAUGUACAUUUACCCCUGGAUUGCCCUUGGGCCGUUCCUAAUAGCUCAC